UUUUAUAAUCCCAAAACCUUAAGAGGAGACCUUCAUUUUAAUUUCCUCUCCUUCUUCUCUUUCACUCAAACUCACAUCGAUUUUAAUGAAGUUUUAGAGGAAACCAUAAAAAUUAAGAAAGCUUCCAAAAAGAUUAAAAAAACAUCAAUGGAGAUUUCAACAAACCCACCAUCAUCUUCUUCAUCAUCUGCUUCAUCUUCCAUUAUCAAUGGAUCUUUACAUCAUCAUCACAUCAUAACUAGAUCUGAUCAUUAUCCAACAACUUUUGUUCAAGCAGACACUUCUUCUUUCAAACAAGUCGUUCAGAUGCUCACCGGAAGCUCUUCCCCGAGAUCUCCUGACUCGCCGCGUCCUCCGACGACUCCUUCCGGCAAGGGUAAUUUCGUGAUUCCACCGAUCAAAACCGCACAACCGAAGAAACAUUCUGGCAACAAACUUUACGAGAGAAGAUCACACGGCGGAUUUAACAACAACCUCAAGAACAGUCUCAUGAUUAACACACUCAUGAUCGGUGGUGGUGGUGGCGCCGGAAGUCCAAGAUUCUCGCCGAGAAAUCAGGAGAUUUUGUCGCCUAGCUGUCUUGAUUUUCCCAAGCUUGCACUUAACAGUCCCGUGACGCCGUUAAAGCAGGGAAACAAUGGAAACGACGGCGAUCCUUUCGACAAGAUGUCGCCAUUAUCGGAGGAAGAGAGAGCUAUCGCUGACAAGGGUUAUUACCUGCACCAGUCUCCGAUUUCAACUCCGAGAGAUUCUGAGCCGCAGCUUCUGCCUCUGUUCCCGGUGACUUCUCCGAGAGUAUCGCCGGAGAUGUAGGCUGAGAAACUGUUUAUAAAUUUUUAGUGCGACUGUUAUUUUCGUUUCUUUUAUAAACUUUGCUCUGCUUUUAAUAUCUUUAUCCCCUGCUUCGGCUUAUUACUAUUUACUUAAAUAGUAAAAUAUGUUAAUUAAGUUUUUAAAUAAAUAAAAUGAGAGAUCAAAUAAGAUUUAGAACUUGUGAUUAGAUGAAAAAAUUACACUACAAUUUCAAAGAAAAUACAUUUAUUAAA